GGUAAAGGCGCUCACCAUCGCCUUCCUCAUUUCAUCGGCUAUGAGCUCCAAUGGAGAGUCCUCAUUUUGUUGCCAUCAAAAAAGGUGCCAUUACCAGGAGUGCCACGACGCCUAACUGAAGGCUGGCUUCAGGACUAUGCUAAUUAACUGCAGGGGAGAGUCCUGUUGCCAGGCGACAGAGUGUCACAGCUGAGGAGGAAGACCUGGGACAGGAGUAUAUCUUCUAGCAGUUUCAAGUGACUUUUUCCUCAAUCUGAUCACCAACCAACCAGAACAGCAUACUUCAAACAUAUUUCUUUACUAAAGAACAUGGCCAAGAGCGGGAAGAGCCCCAAGGGCAAGAAGAUCACCCUCAAUGUGGCCAAGAAUUGUAUCAAAAUCACGUUCGAUGGGAGAAAACGCCUCGACUUGAGCAAGAUGGGAAUUACCACCUUCCCAAAGUGUAUUCUGAAACUCAAUGACAUAGACGAGCUCGAUCUUAGCCGGAAUAUGCUCAAGAGGAUCCCUGAUUCAAUCUCCAAGUUCCAGAACCUACGGUGGCUGGAUCUGCACAGCAACUACAUCGACAAGCUCCCCGAGUCCAUCGGCCAAAUGACGACUCUGCUCUACCUCAAUGUCAGCAACAACAGGCUGACCACCAACGGGCUGCCCGUGGAGCUCAACCAGCUUAAGAACAUCCGCACCGUGAAUCUGGGCCUGAACCACCUGGACAGUGUGCCCACCACACUGGGUGCUCUGAAAGAGCUCCACGAGGUCGGGCUCCAUGACAACCUGAUCAGCGCCAUCCCCACGAGCAUCUCCAAGCUCCCCAAGCUGAAGAAGCUCAACACCAAGCGGAACCCCUUUCUCCAGCCAGAGGAGACGGAUGUAUUCAUAGAUUCCAUCAAGAGGCUGGAAAACUUGUAUCUGGUGGAGGCGAAGGAUCUGUGCGGGCCUUGCCUGAAAAAAUGCCAACAGGCCCGAGACAAGCUGAACAAAAUCAAGAGCUUAGCCGCGGCAACACCGAAAAAGCCCGUCUUUAGCAAUUUCAUCGCGCCCAACUCCACGGCCAAGGAGUCCCAGGAAGAGUGGAGGUGACCUUGUACCCUGACCCCGAGGCAGGAAGGGAACAGGGAGGGAGGAAAGAUGGCGAUGGGCUGCUUCCACAGAAAAUUGAGAGAUUACCCCAUGACUGCAAUAGUGCUUUUGGCUAAGUCCAUAAAAUACUUUCCCUACCA